CAGGACAAAUAUAUACAACUAUACAGCCACCGGCCUGCACUCGGCCAGUCACUAUGGGUAUAUACUAUAGAUACCUGUAUAAUUUUUGCGAAGUCAUACUGAAUUGAGUACAGUUGCACUAUACUACUUAAUGAGAUAUAAACUAUCUGUAUAAGAAGAAGCCUUAGAACAUCUAAAGUGUUCGUGCAGUGCACUGAGGUCUACUACUACUGUUUAGUACAGCUUGGGUCUUUUAUAGAAAGAAUUUGAAUUUUCAAAGGAAGGAUAAGCAACAUGAGUGACAGUGACUACGUCGAAGAUGUGGUAUGCAAGGAGACAGAUAUCCAGGAGAAUGAGAUGAAAAUUUUUUCCCUCGGCAAGGACGGUGGCGAGGUAUUGCUGAUCAAGCAAAAAGGAGAGCUUCAUGCCAUUGGUACCAAGUGUACGCACUAUGGCGCUAAGUUGAAUACUGGAGCUUUGGGAGAGGGUAGAGUCAGGUGUCCCUGGCAUGGAGCUUGUUUCAACAUAAAGAAUGGAGAUAUCGAGGAUUACCCUGGACUGGAUUCCCUGCCAUGCUACAAAGUCUCUGUUGCUAAUGGGCAAGUUAGAGUCAGAGCGAAACAUUCUGACCUUUUGGCUAACAAGAGAAUCAAGGACAUGUGCAAACUCAAAGAAGAUCAUCCUGAGACAGUUGUAGUAGUUGGAGGGGGACCUGCAGCUACCACAUGCGUUGAAACACUCAGACAAGAAGGUUUCCAGGGACGAAUAGUGAUGGUUUGCAAAGAAGAUGCCCUGCCGUAUGACAGAAUCCUAGUUUCCAAAACUCUUAAUCUUGAUCCUCAACAAAAAGCCUUGAGACCUCAGUCAUUCUACGACGAGCAUAAUAUUGAGACUAAAUUAAAGAAUGCAGCUACUGGUUUGGAUAUAAAAAGGCAGAUUGUUACUCUUAGCGAUGGAGAGGAGUUGCACUACAACCAUUUAUUCAUAGCCACUGGUAGCAAACCCAGAAAACCAGAUUUACCAGGUGUAACUUUACAGAAUAUUAAUGUGAUCAGAAAUUACACCGAUAGCCACAAAGUAAAUAAAGAAUUGGGGAGUGAUAAGCAUGUUGUGUGCCUUGGUCUGGGAUUCAUUGGCAUGGAAAUGGCAGCUACUUGUGUCGACAAAGCUGCUUCUGUAACAGUCAUUGGUCGAGACCCUACACCGUUUCAACAUGUAUUUGGCAAAGAUAUAGGAAGCAGAAUCAAAAAGCAAUUUGAGGAAAAAGGAAUCAAAUUCAUAUAUGAGACUAGUAUUAACAGAUUUUUACCAAAAGAAGAUAAUCCAGAUGUUGUAGGCACAGUUGAGCUAAAAGAUGGAAGAAUUUUACCAGCUGAUAUUGUUAUACUAGGAAUUGGUUCAACUUUGUACACUAGAUGGAUGAAAGAUUCUGGGGUAAACCUUCUAGAUGAUGGCAGUGUACAAGUAGACAAGUAUAUGAGAACAAGCGUACCAAACAUCUAUGCUGGAGGUGAUAUUGCAUAUGCACCAGUCUACUGUGCUGGAAUCUCAGCAGCAAUUGGACACUUUGCUCUGGCUCACUAUCAUGGCAAAAUAGCAGCUAUGAAUAUUUGCAAAAAGGAAACACCAUUGCGGGCAGUGCCUUUCUUUUGGACGAUGCUAUUUGGAAAGGGUUAUCGCUAUGCCGGAUAUGGAAAGCCCGACAAAAUCAAAAUACACGGAUCUCUGGAGGACAUGAAAUUUUUCGCGUACUAUUUUAAGGACGGUAAAGUUGUAGCAAUGAGCAGCUCAGGUAGGGAUCCUAUUGUUUCCGAUUUCGCGAAUUUACUCUACGAAGGUAAAAAUCUAACGGAAGAGGAAGUCGAAAAAGACCCGACUGCAUGGAUGCGCAACAAACCUCAGGAUCUUCAAGUUUCUGUCCAGUCGAUGGCAAAACCACUGCAACAAAGAGAAUACCAUACUCUUGCAUUUCAACGAUUAACUGUGAGAAAUUAUUCUUGUGUACAGCUUAAAAUAUACUCAAAGCUUUUACGCAACGUCCAUAGAGUGCUAUUAUAGAGAUUAUAACUGAUGUAGCUUUAAAAAAGAUCAUGAACUAAGAGUGAUAUAUUUCGUAUCAGUAUUUUGUACUUGUUUCCUGCUGAGAUAUAAUUUAUUCGCACUUUUAAAAGUGUUUGUAAUUGUAUAUAUGAUAUACACAAAAUUAAUAUUAUAUUUGAAACACCAAAA